AUGACUGCUGUCAAGAAGGUCUCAAAAAAAUCCUUUUUUGCCUCACCUUUGUACGACUUUUUGUCGCCUUUCAGGCCCGUUGGAAACCAAUACUAUGCGGAGUACGUGAUUGUCAUUUUUGCACUGGUGAUACGGUGCGCUGUGGGAUUGGGCUCCUUUUCUGGGGAAAGCACUGGUCCAAUUCGUGGGGAUUUUGAGGCUCAAAGACACUGGAUGGAAAUCACCACCAGUAUUCCAGUCUCCCAAUGGUACUGGUACGAUCUGCAAUAUUGGGGCUUGGACUACCCUCCUCUCACUGCAUACCAUUCUUAUUUCUUUGGAAAGCUGGGAUCGCUUCUGGACCCCCAUUGGUUUGCCCUAGGUACGUCCCGCGGUCUAGAAACUCCAGAUCUCAAGUCGUAUAUGAGAUUCACCGUGAUUUUGAGCGAAGUGGCUCUUUAUAUUCCCGGAGUUAUUUAUUUUACCAAGUGGUUUGGCAUUAAAAGAAAACAAUCGCCAAUUGGCACCUACAUUGCUGCCGCGGCCAUACUGUUCCAACCAUCGCUGAUUCUGAUCGAUCACGGCCAUUUCCAAUAUAACUCUGUUAUGCUGGGGCUCACUGUUUACGCCAUCAACAACCUGUUGGACGGGUUUUACGGACCUGCCGCUAUGUGUUUCGUGCUAUCCAUAUGUUUCAAACAGAUGGCGCUUUACUAUUCCCCCAUAUUUUUCGCAUACUUACUAAGCAAGUCGCUUUUUUCACCCUCCUUCAACAUUCCUAGGUUUAUCUCCGUGGCCUUGUCUACUGUGAUUGCUUUCUCUGUUUUAUUUGCUCCUCUCUAUGUGUUUGGAGGGGUCAAAAAUGUCCUCCAAUCGGUUCACAGGAUAUUCCCUUUUGCCAGAGGAAUAUUCGAGGAUAAGGUCGCCAAUUUCUGGUGUGUGUCGAACGUCUUUUUCAAAUACGCUGAAAACUUUACGCAAGCGGAGCUCCAAAAGUUUUCAAUGUAUGCCACCGCGGCCGGAUUUAUACCUUCUUUCACAGUUAUGUUCUUCUACCCAAAGAAACACUUACUUCCUUUCACUUUAGGAGCAUGCUCUAUGGCGUUUUUCCUGUUCAGUUUCCAGGUUCACGAAAAAUCGAUCUUAGUGCCACUUCUUCCAAUUACGCUACUGUACUGCUCUUCGGACUGGAAUGUUCUGUCAAUGGUGAGCUGGAUCAAUAACGUGGCCUUAUUUACGCUGUGGCCGCUUUUAAAGAAAGAUGGUCUUUCCUUGCAAUACGGAGUGAUGAUGAUCUUGAGCAAUUGGCUGAUAGGGAACUUCAGUUUCUGCACGCCACGCUUUCUGCCCCGUUUUCUCACACCUGGGCCCUCCGUGAGUGAUGUUUCGGAGUCCUAUAGAAGAAGAAGUCUUCUGCCGAACAGCAUUUUGUGGAAGCUGAUCAUCGUUGCAUCCUACGUGGCCAUGGCCAUCAUACAUGUGCUGGACAUGUUUGUGGAGGCGCCACAACGUUUGCCCGACCUAUGGGUGCUCAUGAACUGCGGCCUAGGGUUUUCCUGUUUCGGUCUUUUUUGGCUGUGGAAUAACUACAAACUGUUGACCAUGAGAAAUACCUCGUUCGCCGACUUCUAG